GAAAAGUGAAAAAGUCAAAGAGCGCCUCACUAUCCGUUUUAGAUGCGCUCGGUGAUGUGCAAAAGGGAUGAAAUCGCACAAGAGGAUGCUUGAGGAGGGAGUGAGAGAGAGAGAGAGAGAGAGAUAGGGAGGGCGGGGGGCCGGGAGUCCUCGCCGUUUUCUAUAUAUAUGUAUAUAUAUAUGAGUUCCUUAUAAUAAGAUAUAUAUGAAUAAUGAGCUGGAAGCCUGGAAGAGAGAGAGCGGGGCUGUCUCUGUGUUGUGCCCUAUGCUAUAUAUCUGCUUUUGUUUCAUCAUCUCUCUCUCUCACUCUCUGGUCUCAGCUCUCUCUCUCUCGUCUUGUGUGAUUCUUGUGCAACUUACAUAAUAUCAUCAUCAUCAGGCAUCAUCACGCAUCAUGCAUCAUCAUCUCUGGAAGUGGAGGAAGGUAGACCAAGUUUAGCUGCAGAGUGUUCUGAUUCCGGAACCCUUUUUUCAAUGGGUCAAUGCAGAGAAUUCCCCCAUUUGAGCAGAGAUCUAUUUUCGUCAGAGAAGGUGGAGGGUGAAGAAGAAGAAGAAGAAGAAGAAGAAGAAGAAGAAGAGAAGGGGACAAAAUAUAGAAGGAGGAGGAAUAGACUGCGAGAGAGAGGGAACUGAACUGACAGAAGAGAGUGAGCACACGCAGGCAAUAGCUAUGAGCAGCAUAGCUUUGCAGGUGCGUGCUCACUUCUCUUUCUGUCAGCUCCUCGGUCCUCAUAUCCACCCAUAAGAUCAAUCCCUCUCUCUCUCUCUCUCUCUCUCUCUCCCUCUCCCCCCUCCCUUUCUGGCCUUCCCAAGCUCCCAACUUUAGAAAAUACUCUUUACCCUUUCACACAGGCCUUCUGCUUGUCAGAAUUAUCUCUUAUUUAUUUCCUAUAUAUAUAUGUAUAUGAUGUAUACAGGGCGCAGAGGUGUUGAAUUUUGGAAAAAAUUAAGCCGAGGGCUAUGGUUCAGAUUAAUAAUGUUUGUGACUGUUCAUAUAAUUGUAUGGCAGCUGCAGUGCUGAAGGGGCUUUGUUUUUUACUUAUUCAUUCUGUCUGUGUUUUUCUCUCCCAUGAGAUGAGAGGUGUAGUCCUGUGAUUUGCUGGACUAUUCAGUUUCAGACAACCGGCCAGGUAGAGGUAGCUGCCUAGCUAAUAGCUGACACCUGUUCUCUUCUCAAUUCAGACGCUAAUUGUAAGAAUCUUGAAGAGGGUUCCAUUUCCAGAGACAGAAAAACAUGGAAAUUAAGGUGGGGGAUUUCAAAUGUCGGUUCGACUCCUCCUCCUCGCCCUUCUCCUUCAUAGCUCCUCUUUGCCGUCAAAAUAUAUCCUUCGAUACUUCUUUCUGUCUUUACUAGCACUGAGUGAAGAUCAAGUGAAGCGAUCUUCACUCACUCUCACCUGGAGAAAGCCCAGAUGAAGAACAACUGAAGAAUUAGUACUGCAUGCGAGGAGAUAAGUACAAUCAUUUUCUUUUCGGUAGUUGGGUCUUCUCAUUGAUUAAAUUUAAAUCACGAAAUAGUUUUUGCACUACUGUGGCAUGAUUAUUAAGCCUGAAAGCGUGGAUUUUGAUGGUCGUCCUAUGAAGAGGACGAACUGAAAGGGGGUUUACUAUUUAACGGAAGACAAUAAUGACAUUAUAUAUAUAUAUAUAUAUAUAUAUAUUUAUGUACGAACGAAAUACACAUUUUCUCUACCUCAGUAAUAUGAUGCAUGAUAUCUCGAUUAAUUUCAAGAAAGGUUUUUGGAUCUUAAAACUCUCUCAAAAACCUUUCUUUCGAAAGAACACCCUUUUAAUUAUUUAUUUGUUGUUGGAAAAAAUAAAAAAUUGAUUUUGUUGUAUGUAUGUAAUGUAUAUCUUAUGGCUUGCAUCUAUUUUUGGAUAGUGAAAUAUUUGCAGGAAGUAUUGAAAUUUUUGAUGAGGAGAGGCGCGCUAUCCUUUGGAAAUUGCUAUCAUCCUGCAGAGAGUGUCAAUAUGGGAAGAUAUUGGUGUUUCCUUUCAUGGGAAUAUAUUGUAGCCAUGAAUAGCUCCUUCACAUGUGUAGGUUGUGAUUUUCGUUCCAAUCAAUAGCCGACCUAUCAGAAUUGCUGCCAUGAUAAUUAACAUUUCUUUCUUAUGUAUGUUUUUGCCCCAAAUAUAUUAUAUAUCAAAAAGAUAUGGCCUUGUCCUAUUUUUAUCCCUGUGCAGAGGCCAAUAUUGCUUGCUGUUAGGAGUCAUGGAGAGAUAACUUCUUACACUAGCACCCAAUUUCAGAUGGCAAUUUCUCCUUGGGGACUGUCUCCAAAACUGUAAAUGAAAUGACUUCUUGGAGCUGUGGGUGAAGGCUUAGGGGGAUAAUGGGGAAACAAACACUGAGCAUGAUUUCCGAUGGCAGAGCCAGCGGAGAAAAUGAAGCUUCGGACUCGAACAGCAGUACCGUGCUCCAAAUACCCAGCAAGCGACCCCGAAAUGGGCUGUCCUCAGGCCGAUUUAAGGGAGUCGUACCCCAACACAAUGGACACUGGGGGGCACAGAUAUAUGCUAACCACCAACGGAUUUGGCUGGGGACAUUCAAGUCCGAGGAGGAAGCAGCCAUGGCCUAUGACUCGGCAGCAAUUAAUCUCCGGAGCGGGGACUCUCACCGCAACUUCCCGUGGACCCCGGAUUCUGUUGAAGAGCCCAACUUCCAGAGCCUCUUCAGCCAAGAAGCGGUGCUUAGCAUGAUCAAAGAUGGGUCUUACCGGUCCAAGUUUGCAAAUUAUCUUAGGAUCCGGUCCGAGAGGAAUGAGGCUGGAGUGGGCACUGGGCCAAACCCUGUUGGUUUCCAGGGUGAAAGAGGAGGUUUUCUGUGCAGGCAGCUCUUUCAGAAGGAGCUGACGCCGAGCGAUGUGGGAAAGCUCAACAGGCUCGUGAUCCCAAAGAAGUAUGCCGUCAAGUACUUCCCCCGAAUUCAUGAGAAACGAGAGGAUAACAGUAAGGAAGGUGGACCAAUUGACGAUGUUCAGCUCGUUUUCUAUGAUAGAUUGAUGAGGAUGUGGAAGUUUCGGUAUUGCUAUUGGAGCAGCAGUCAGAGCUUUGUCUUCACCAGGGGCUGGAGUCGGUUCGUGAAGGAGAAGGUCCUGAGAGCCAAUGACACAGUGAGUUUCUGCCUAUGCGAGUGCACGGACCCAACAAAGGAGAACCGGACAUUCUACAUGAUCAAUGUGUGUAGGAACGUCCAGGCCGAACCGCUGAUUGGGGCAAUGGAUCGGAGGGCUGCAAUAGAGAACAGGGUAGGGAGUGGGGUUGGAGGCAUUGCAGUCGGCGGAGGAUGGGAGGUGAUCAAAGAGGAACCGGGGAUUCAUGGGAGUCCAACUGAAGACAACCGAGGUUUUAGGCUGUUCGGCGUGCAAAUCAACUGAGGGCUUAUUGCCUUCUUGCUUUCCUCGUAGCUUCUUCUCCUUCGAAUAGACUCUUCCUUCUGGUUUCGUAUUCCCCUUGAUGGAGAUCCUAUCCUUUCUAAUGACAAUCUCGUUUCGUGGAGAAGUUGUAUCGGGAUUUAUGGGUAUUUCGUGCUUUCAAUCGAUCACCGAUGAUUCCGAUAGUA